CCGCCUCCUCGCCAUGGACUCGCGCAAGCUGAGCGAGCUGCGGGCCUUCGUCAGGCUCUGCAAGCAGAACCCGGGCCUGCUGCACACGGAGGAGCUGGCUUUUCUCCGCGAGUGGGUGGAGAGUAUGGGAGGCACAAUACCGCCUGCUCCAGCCAGUGCCUCCACAGAGGAGACAAGUAAGCAGGAGAAGGGAAAAAAGGAACAGCCGGAGGAGCCAGUUAAAUCACCUGAACCAGAAAGUGAAGAGAGCGACUUAGAAAUUGACAAUGAGGGAGUGAUUGAACCAGACAAUGAUGACCCUCAAGAAAUGGGAGAUGAAAGUGUGGAGGUAACUGAAGAGAUGAUGGAUCAAGCUAAUGAGAAGAAGAUUGAAGCGAUAAAUGCUCUAAGUGAAGGUGAACUUCAGAAGGCUGUCGACCUGUUCACAGAUGCUAUCAAGCUGAAUCCUUGUUUGGCCAUCUUGUACGCCAAAAGGGCAAGUGUUUUUGUGAAACUACAGAAGCCAAAUGCUGCCAUUAGAGAUUGUGACAGAGCCAUCAAGAUUAAUCCUGACUCUGCACAGACCUACAAAUGGAGAGGGAAGGCGCAUAGACUUCUGGGUCACUGGGAGGAGGCUGCUCAUGAUCUUGCAUUAGCUUGUAAACUGGAUUAUGAUGAAGAUGCUAGUGCCAUGCUGAAGGAGGUGCAACCAAGAGCUCAGAAAAUUGCAGAACAUCGCCGAAAAUAUGAGCGGAAGCGUGAAGAAAAGGAAAUCAAGGAAAGAAUGGAAAGGGUGAAGAAGGCACGGGAGGAGCAUGAGAGAGCACAAAGGGAGGAAGAAGCAAGACGACAGGCAGGAGGAGCUCAGUUUGGUGGUUUCCCAGGUGGCUUCCCAGGUGGGUUUUCAGGUGGGUUUCCUGGGGCUAUGCCUGGAGGUAUGCCAGGAAUGGCAGGUAUGCCAGGUCUCAACGAGAUUCUCAGUGAUCCAGAAGUCCUUGCGGCCAUGCAGGAUCCAGAAGUUAUGGUUGCGUUCCAAGAUGUUGCCCAGAACCCAGCAAAUAUGUCCAAGUACCAGAACAAUCCCAAGGUCAUGAAUCUCAUCAGUAAAUUGUCUGCCAAAUUUGGCAGUAAACCAUAAAAUCCCUGGUUCUUAAAAAUCAUAUCUGAAGGGGAAGGAUUGGAUUUGGCUAACCAGUGUUGCAAUAAAACAAACCAUUGUACCUCUGAUCUUCUUAAGAAGAGAAACGGGGUGUUCUAAGGAGAACUGCUCUCUAGCCCCAAGCGUUGACUUUAUUCAAUGAUUGGUUUAUAGCACGCAAAUUAUAUUCAGAUGACCUAGUUUCAACCAUCCCUCCUUGUCCAAGAGUUGCAGCCUUUUGUUAUAAGUAUUACGGACAGUUUCCUUUGAAUGAACGCUCCUGUAAGAAAUUGUAAUAGUCCAGGAGUGUAAGAUAAAAACCUGUUGUUGUGUU